UCCCGUCCAGACAUAAUUUAAAGACACUGCCAGCGCGUAUUGUGCAUAACGAAGUGUGUAAAAGCGAGUUCUUAUCAGUUUGUUUGAGGCAAAAUCGGAAAGGCAAAAUGAUGUUCAUGCCCUUACUUGGGACAGUGUCACUGUUUCUGGCAGUGGUGGUUGGCGUGCCCUCACAAGAGAAAAAACGUGUUCAUCACCACGGUGACCUGAGCGACCACCCCCAUGACGACGACCACGGUUACCAGUUUGACCACGAGGCUUUCCUGGGAAAGGACGAGGCUAAGACCUUUGAUCAACUGACUCCUGAGGAGAGCAAGGACAGACUGGGGAAGCUCGCUGGUCGCAUGGACACUGACGGGGACGGCCUCAUCAGCCACAGCGAGCUGUACCAGUGGAUCAAACACAGGCAGAACAGAUACAUCCAGGAGGAUGUGGACAAGCAGUGGACUGAGUUCGACCUCAACAAUGACGGACUGGUCUCCUGGGUGGAAUACAGAAACAAAACUUAUGGCUACUUACGGGAUGAGAAGUCUGCUGAUGUUGACGAGAAGGACAACUACAAGUCCAUGGUGGCCAGGGAUGAGAGGCGCUUUAAGGCCGCAGACCGAAACGCAGACGGCGCGGCCACCAAGGAAGAGAUGACCGCAUUCCUGCACCCUGAGACACACAAGCACAUGCAGGACGUGGUCGUGACGGAAACGAUAGAGGACAUUGACCAGAACGGGGAUGGGCUUCUUAGCCUGGAGGAAUUCCUAGGUGACCUCACCAGCCCUGAAGAUGGAGAGACCGAGCCUGAGUGGGUAAAAAUGGAAAAAGAACAGUUUGUGGAGUUCAGAGAUAUGAACAAGGAUGGGGUUCUGGACGCCUCUGAAGUGGCCGAGUGGAUUCUUCCUGGAGGGAUCGAUCACGCAGACAACGAGGCGAGACACCUCCUGCAAGCGACCGAUAAAGACAAGGACAAGAAACUCACCAAGGAGGAGAUCCUGGCCAACUGGAACAUGUUUGUUGGAAGCCAGGCAACCAAUUAUGGGGAAGACCUCACCAAGAGACAUGAUGAGCUUUGAUAACGUUUGAGUGGGG